AUUUAUUUUGCUCAUUUGUUCUUGUCUCCAGACUCUACCAACAGAAAUCAAUGUAUUACAUAAAAUGAUCAUGCUACAUUACAAAUAGAUUUCUCCCUAUCAGUAGAUUCUCAGUCUAACAUGGAUAGUACCUUCAAAAAACAGAUCCAUCGCUAAAUAAUAUAAGAUCCUUCCUGCUGUCCAAAUUAGUAUGCAAAUGACAAAGAUUCUUUUUGUGAAAUUAUUUGAACAAUCAUAACUGUUGGCAGAAAGGAUCUUGUAAUUUUAGAUUCAUUUUUAUAAUUUAUGUAAGCCAUGAAGAUGCCAUUGGAUUUUACUACAGACUGUGAUUGAAACUUGGUAAUCCAGGGUUUCUCCACCCAGUGCAUUAAAUCAGGCAGCCCCAAAGGGUCUUGGUAGUCCAGUGUUUAUAACAUCCUUCUUUACCUGCUAAUCGACCUCACUUCCUGGAUUUCAGUCCGUCUAGUUAUCAGCUAACAAAAGAACAGCUUUUGGUUCCUGCAGACGCUGGUGAAAAAAUAAUCACAAGAAAGAAAUCCACCUUAUGUCGUCUUUUUUGUCUGCAAAAAUAAACCCAGCCAUCAUACAGCUAACAGGUACAGAGGAAAGAUACAAGCUCUUUCAUAGGAAGAAACUACAGAGAAAAUGAGCAUCAUUUCUCAAGGUUUUUAUUUUCUCUGAUCUACAAGUGAUGCUGCUGUAAUUCUAGCUGCAGUUUUUACUGAUCAUUCACCACUCAGCAGCUGGUAGAGAAGUAAGACUGCUUGGCAACCACCUGCAGGGCUGCAGAGAUGAAUUACAUUUUCGGAAACAACACACUUCUGUACUCUCGCGCCAGCCGAGGAGGCAAUACUAGCUCUAGCCAUGGCUCAGUAGGCCCAAAGCAGAAACACUGGGCAAAAAAGGGCUCUUCAGAUGAACUGCAGGCUGAGCCAGAACCUUCACGCUGGCAGCAGAUAGUUGCAUUUUUCACUCGAAGACACAGCUUUAUUGACUGCAUCUCGGUAGCUACCAGCUCCACCCAGCCAACAGAAGCUGUUCCUCCCUCUUCUCCCACUGUCCCUGUGAUCCCUGUCCUGCCAGUCCCUGCUGAGAAUACUGUCAUCCUACCCACCAUACCACAGGCAAAUCCUCCUCCGGUACUAGUUAACACAGACAGCUUGGAAACACCAACUUAUGUUAAUGGCACUGAUGCAGAUUAUGAAUAUGAAGAAAUCACACUUGAAAGGGGAAAUUCAGGGCUUGGUUUCAGCAUUGCAGGUGGUACAGACAACCCACACAUUGGAGAUGACUCAAGUAUUUUCAUUACCAAAAUUAUCACAGGGGGAGCAGCUGCCCAAGAUGGAAGAUUGCGGGUUAAUGACUGUAUAUUGCGAGUAAAUGAAGCAGAUGUUCGUGAUGUAACACAUAGCAAAGCAGUUGAAGCAUUGAAAGAAGCAGGGUCUAUUGUACGCUUGUAUGUAAAAAGACGGAAACCAGUAUCAGAAAAAAUAAUGGAAAUAAAGCUCAUUAAAGGUCCUAAAGGUCUUGGGUUCAGCAUUGCUGGAGGUGUUGGAAAUCAGCAUAUUCCUGGAGAUAAUAGCAUCUAUGUAACCAAAAUAAUUGAAGGGGGUGCAGCACAUAAGGAUGGUAAACUUCAGAUUGGAGAUAAACUUCUAGCAGUGAAUAGCGUAUGCUUAGAAGAAGUUACUCAUGAAGAAGCAGUAACUGCCUUAAAGAACACAUCUGAUUUUGUUUUUUUGAAAGUGGCAAAACCAACAAGUAUGUAUAUAAACGAUGGCUAUGCACCACCUGAUAUCACCAACUCUUCUGCUCAGCCUGUUGAUAAUCAUGUUAGCCCAUCUUCCUACUUGGGCCAGACACCAGCAUCACCAGCCAGAUACUCACCAGUUUCUAAAGCAAUGCUUGGAGAUGAUGAAAUUACUAGGGAACCUAGAAAAGUUGUUCUUCAUCGUGGCUCAACAGGCCUUGGUUUCAACAUUGUAGGAGGUGAAGAUGGAGAAGGAAUAUUUAUUUCUUUCAUAUUGGCUGGAGGACCUGCUGAUCUAAGUGGAGAGCUCAGAAAAGGAGAUCGUAUUAUAUCGGUAAACAGUGUUGAUCUCAGAGCUGCCAGUCAUGAGCAGGCAGCAGCCGCAUUGAAAAAUGCUGGCCAAGCUGUAACAAUUGUUGCACAAUAUCGACCUGAAGAGUACAGUCGUUUUGAAGCUAAAAUACAUGACUUACGGGAGCAGAUGAUGAAUAGUAGUAUUAGUUCAGGGUCAGGUUCUCUACGAACUAGCCAGAAGCGAUCCCUCUAUGUCAGAGCCCUUUUUGAUUAUGACAAGACUAAAGACAGUGGCCUUCCCAGUCAGGGACUGAACUUCAAAUUUGGAGAUAUCCUCCAUGUUAUUAAUGCUUCUGAUGAUGAGUGGUGGCAAGCCAGACAGGUUACACCAGAUGGUGAAAGUGAUGAAGUUGGAGUGAUUCCCAGUAAACGCAGAGUUGAGAAGAAAGAAAGAGCCCGUUUAAAAACAGUAAAAUUCAAUUCUAAAACAAGAGGAGAUAAAGGGCAGUCAUUCAAUGACAAGCGUAAAAAGAACCUCUUUUCCCGAAAAUUUCCCUUCUACAAGAACAAGGACCUGAGUGAGCAGGAAACAAGUGAUGCUGACCAGCAUGUAACUUCUAAUGCCAGCGAUAGUGAAAGUAGUUACCUAAUCUUGAUUACAGAUGAGUAUGGCUGCUCUAAAGGUGGUCAAGAAGAAUAUGUGUUGUCUUAUGAACCAGUGAAUCAACAAGAAGUUAAUUAUACUCGACCAGUUAUCAUAUUGGGACCUAUGAAAGACAGAAUAAACGAUGACUUGAUAUCAGAAUUUCCUGACAAAUUUGGAUCCUGUGUUCCUCAUACAACCAGACCAAAACGAGAUUAUGAGGUAGACGGCAGAGAUUAUCAUUUUGUGACUUCAAGAGAGCAGAUGGAAAAAGAUAUCCAGGAACAUAAAUUCAUUGAAGCUGGCCAGUAUAACAACCAUCUUUAUGGAACAAGUGUUCAGUCUGUGCGAGAAGUAGCAGAAAAGGGAAAACACUGUAUACUUGAUGUGUCUGGAAAUGCUAUAAAAAGAUUACAGAUUGCACAACUUUACCCAAUAUCCAUUUUUAUUAAACCCAAAUCCAUGGACAAUAUCAUGGAAAUGAAUAAGCGUCUAACAGAAGAACAAGCCAGAAAAACAUUUGAGAGAGCCAUGAAACUGGAGCAGGAAUUUACUGAACAUUUCACAGCUAUUGUACAGGGAGAUACGCUGGAAGACAUUUACAACCAAGUGAAACAGAUCAUAGAAGAACAGUCUGGUCCUUACAUCUGGGUUCCAGCAAAAGAAAAAUUAUGAAGAUUCAUGUUUCCCUAUUUCUCUUUUCCACAAUCUCAUAUUCUUUGACAUUUCUUAGCCCUUUCCUUCUGGAGUCUGUCUUCAGUUCUCCUUUCAUGUUUAAUCAUAUCCCACUCAUCAUGGUCUGCAGUCAUGCUUAUUUUUGACAUCUGAUGUCUCCUUCACAUUGCAACGUCUGUAUUAUUCCAUGUCACUAUCGGUUUGUAGCCAUUUUUCCAAAUUAAAAAUGGAUGGCUGACCAGCUAUUAAGGGUUUGGGGAGAUGCAGAAAGUGUGGUAAAAUUCCUUAAUGUUUAAGGGAAAGAAACUUUAAGACAUUUGCAGAAAAGCUUUAUAUACAUUCUUUUCAAAUUUCAAUACAAAUGAAAGAAAAGUGGUUUUAAUCAAUGAUUUAGUAGACUUUGAGCAACUGUGCACGCUUAACUUUAGUAGCAUGGUUUGGCCAAUGUGAUUACCUCUCAAGUCCUUUUCUCAAUUGACUUCUAUUAUCAAAGUAAUUACUUCAUUAUAGAUAAAUAAGAAAAAUGUUUUUUUUUAUUUUAAAAUUAAUGUCCGAAUUGACUUUCAUAAUUUCACAAGGGAUAUUCAUUUUACAUAAGAGUCUUUUAAGUCUUUUAUUGUUUGAGGUUUUCUUUUUUCCCCAGUACCUUUGCUAGGAAUAACAAUGUUCAAAUGUUUUUAAUCUACUUGUGCAAACACUGUUUAGUUUCUUACAAAAAAUUGUUCAUACAUAAUGAUCAUCACAUUUUCUGAAUUAAGGCCAUGUUUAGGUGCUAGGGGAGCUCACCUUUUACAGUACAGAAGGUUGAGAAAAUGUCAUAGAUGUAAAUGCAGACAAGACAUUACAGUGGAGAUGUAGUAAUUAUUAUGGGCAAUGGAAAAGGAGUCCAAUUCGUAGUCUAAAAACUUUAAAUGUAUUCUUAGGGGUCAGAUUUUAAUGAAUAUUUUACCCACAAUAACUGCCUAUUUUGUUAUAAUAAAGUAUAUAUAUAAAUAUAUAUAAAACUUUCUUUAACUAAACUGUAACUAUGGGAAUUAUUUUCUUUACAUAGUUGCACACACACAAACAUAUAUAUAUAUUUAAAAUAUAUUUUUCUUUUGCCACCUACUCCUAACUUUUUGUUUGGUUUUUAAAUUAAAUAUAAAUUGAUCAAACUUAUCUUUCUUAAUCAUGUGAACUGAAAACAGGAGUACAGUGGUUGUGAGGAGAAGCCUCUAGGGAAAUUAGAUUGCAAGUAAAAGUAUGAGCAUGUUCUCCUCUUCUAUAGAACUUUUCAAAAGGUUCCCGGGGGGAAAGGGGGUGUUUGUUUUUGUUUUUGUUUUGUCAUUUUUCUUGUCAUUGGGUUUGAUUUUGGUCCUCUGCCUUUCCUCCAAGUUCUCCUCCUUUUAUGAUAAGAAAACAGGCAAAAACCCUAUUUAUGUGUGAGUUUUCCCCUCAGACACCUUUCAUCCUAUGUAGCUGCUCUGUACUAGAGUUGCCCAGAUCAUCAUGGUGAGCAAUUUUAAAGAUAUUUUAGUGAAAGGUAGAAAUUACUUCAGAAAUCAGUUUCUCUGGUCCUUUUUAUUAAUAAUAUCAUUUGGCUUCCCAUUGCUCUUUGGAGUUGUUUAUUAAAAUAUGUGGUUUUUGACAACCUCCUCAUUAAAAUUUCUUAAAUGAGUACUGGUUUGUAAAGAAUUAGCAACAUUAUCCAUUCCAUUUAUGAGAAAGAGGAGAACAGCUAAUAAACUUUAUUGUAAAA